AUGACGGUCAGGAAUCUCACCACCGAUCAAUUUGCUCUUCUCGGAUUUAAAGAUCAUAUCCUUGACCCUCACAAUGUCUUGGCAAACAAUUGGUCGGCCUCUAAUUCUGUUUGCAGUUGGAUUGGUGUUUCUUGUGGUGUCAAGCAUGGAAGAGUGACAUCCUUGACUCUUCCAAAUAUGAAUCUUGGAGGAACUAUCCCUCCACAUCUUGGAAAUCUCUCAUUUCUACUCUAUCUCGACCUGAGUAAAAACAAUUUCUAUGGUAAUCUACCUAAAGAAUUGGGGCAACUGCGUCGUCUGAGGCUCAUUCAAUUAAGCUUCAACGGCUUUUAUGGAGGAAUUCCAUCAUGGCUUGGGAACCUACAAACAGUUAAAGAGCUGAGCUUGUACAGUAAAAAUUUCACAGGUACAAUCCAUCGUACACUUGUUAACAUGUCCAAACUAGAGAUUUUGGACUUGGGAUACAAUCAACUAUCUGGUCAGGUUCCAUCUUCCAUCUUCAACAUUUCCUCUUUGAAAGAGAUUUAUCUCGACGAUAAUAUUCUUUCUGGUAGUUUACCGGAUGAUUUGUGUGUCCAUCUUCCUAAACUUGAGGUGCUUUUCUUGCAUAAAAAUGGAUUGUCCGGUUAUAUUCCAUCAAGUAUAGGCAAAUGCAGCAACCUUCAAAUACUAUCAAUGGCUAUUAAUCAAUUCAAUGGGGUUAUUCCAAGAAACAUUGGAAAUUUAACGCAUCUCAAGGAAGUAUAUUUGGGUGUAAAAAACUUAGAAGGUGAACUUCCUGACGAAAUUUGUAAUCUUCUUAGUUUGGAGAUACUAAAUAUUGGAGGAAUUAUGGGCCUUACUGGUCAGAUUCCACCUUCCAUUUUCAACAUUUCUUCUUUGAAAGAUGUUGCUCUCGACAACAAUAGUCUAUCAGGUAGUUUACCUGAUGAUUUGUGUCAUCAUCUUCCCAAGAUUGAGGAGAUUUUCUUGGAUCGGAAUCAAUUAUCUGGUAAUAUUCCAUCAAGUAUAGGCCAAUGCUACAACCUGCAGAAUUUAUCAUUAGAGACGAACCGAUUCACCGGGCUCAUUCCAAAAAGUAUUGAGAAUUUAACCAUGCUCAAAUUUUUAAAUCUUGCUGGAAACAGUUUGGAAGGUAAUUUACCACCCAUAACCAUGGCGGGAAAACUUGAACGGCUUAUACUGUGGGGAAAUAAUCUUAGCGGAAAUAUUCCCAACUUCAUUUCCAACUUUUCCAUGCUCAAGUCGCUUGCAUUACAAAACAAUUCUUUCUCUGGCCUUAUACCGAAUGAUUUUGGCAACUUAAGACACCUUGAGUGGUUCCAAAUUGGUUACAAUAAUUUGGUUACAGAACCUGUGGUUCACGAGUGGAGCUUUCUCUCUUCUUUGACAAAUCAUGAAUUUGAAAUCAUUAGAGGUUUCAGGAAAUCCAUUGAAUGGCAUUCUUCCAACUUAUAUUGGGAAUCUUUCAACAUCUCUUCAAUAUUUUUAUGCUAG